AUGGCUUCUUCAAGAUUAAUGGCACUUUUCUUCCUCCAUUUUCUUCCUUUAGCAGCCAUAGCAGCAGACCAAGAUGCUUUUGUAGGCGUGAACAUAGGCACCUCCCUUUCCGACAUGCCGAACCCGACUCAGGUGGUGGCCCUUCUCAAGGCUCAGCAAAUUCACCAUGUCCGCCUCUACGAUGCUGACCAGGCCAUGUUGCUCGCCCUUGCCGGCAGCGGAAUCCGUGUAACCGUUUCCGUUCCGAAUCAGCAGCUUCUUGCAAUUGGCCAGUCCAAUGCGACUGCCGCCAAUUGGGUGGCUCGUAACAUCCUUACCCAUGUCCCUGCCACCAACAUCACUGCCAUAUCGGUGGGGUCUGAAGUCCUCACCACCAUUCCUAAUGCCGCCCCGGUCUUAGUCUCCGCCCUACAGUACAUCCAUGCUGCCCUCGUUGCUGCUAGGCUCGAUUCCCAUAUCAAAGUUUCCACCGCCCACUCUUCUUCGAUCAUCCUCGACUCCUUUCCUCCGUCCCAAGCCUUCUUUAACCGGACCUGGGACCCGGUGAUGGUGCCGUUGCUCAAAUUCCUUCAGUCCACGGGAUCGUACCUCAUGCUCAACGUGUACCCGUACUACGAUUACAUGCAAUCCCACGAUGCGAUCCCAUUGGAUUACGCGUUAUUUCGCCCUCUGCCGCCAAAUAAAGAAGCCGUAGACUCGAACACCCUUUUGCACUACACUAAUGUUUUCGAUGCAGUGGUGGACGCGGCUUAUUUCGCGAUGUCGUAUUUAAACUUCACAAACAUCCCGAUUGUAGUCACGGAAUCUGGAUGGCCUUCGAAAGGCGAUUCCUCCGAGCCGGAUGCCACGAUCGAUAACGCCAAUACGUACAACAGUAAUCUAAUCAAGCAUGUUCUCAACAACACUGGCACGCCGAAACACCCGGGCGUGGCCAUCAGUACAUACAUUUAUGAGCUCUAUAACGAAGAUUCUCGGUCUGGAGCAGUGUCCGAGAAGAACUGGGGCCUUUUUGACCCUAACGGGAGGCCGAUUUAUGUGCUACAUUUGACGGGUUCAGGAACCGUGUUGGCUAACGACACCACGAACCAGACCUAUUGUGUUGCAAGGGAAGGCGUGGACCGAAAGAUGCUGCAGGCUGCGUUAGAUUGGGCUUGUGGACCAGGGAAAGUCGACUGUUCGGCUAUGUUGCAGGGUGCACCCUGCUACCAGCCCGAUACUGUGGCUGCACAUGCAACAUAUGCUUUUGAUGCAUAUUAUCACAGGAUGGCUAUGGCCGAAGGGACCUGCGAUUUUAACGGGGUGGCUACCGUAACGACCACCGACCCAAGUCAUGGCAGUUGCAUCUUUCCGGGAAGUAACGGGAGUAACGGCACCUUCAUUAACGGUACAUCUCUAGCGCCAUCCACGAAUUCAACUUCAUCAGGUAGCUCAUUGGCUUUCAACUCAAACGAUUACGUUUCUUUUCGGAGACUUGUUGCUGUGUUACUCUGGGCCGCGGUGUUCUUGUAAAUUGUCGGAAAAAUUGGUUCUUGAUUACCCGAUUUUGUUCCUCCCCAAUAAGCGGGGAGGAGGGUAAGGGGUGGCAUCAAAGGUUCGAAACUCGUAGAAAAAUGUCGAACUUAGGUUAAUUCGUUUGUUGAUUGUAUUUGUAGAAACAAACGAAUUGAGAUUUGUUCUUCGUAAUCUAUCAUUCUUGAUUUUGUC